AUGGCAACUGAGGUCCACAAUCUCCAAGAACUGCAGAGGAGUGCUUCAUUGGCUACCAAAGUUUUUAUACAGCGAGACUACAGUGAUGGGACUAUCUGUCAAUUCCAGACCAAAUUCCCUCCUGAACUGGACAGUCGGAUUGAGCGGCAAUUUUUUGAGGAAACUGUGAAGACACUGAACAAUUUCUAUGCGGAGGCUGAGAAAAUUGGGGGCAGCUCUUAUCUGGAGGGAUGUCUGGCCUGUGCAACAGCCUAUUUCAUCUUCCUUUGCAUGGAGACCCACUAUGAGAAGGUUCUGAAGAAAAUUUCCAAGUAUAUCCAGGAGCAGAAUGAGAAGAUUUAUGCUCCACGAGGACUUCUGCUGACUGACCCGGUGGAGCGGGGCAUGAGAGUUAUUGAGAUUUCUAUCUAUGAAGAUCGUUGCAGCAGUUCCAGCUCAGGCAGCACCAGCAGCACCAGCAGUGCUGGGGGAGGUGGGGGAGCAGGAGGCCGGUGA